UGUGUGUGUGUGUGUGUGCUACACUUUACACCUUACACCUUACACAAGUCACUAUGUGCACUAUGUAGUGAGCGCUGUGUGCUUUAGGACACGUGUUUAGAACUGGUCACGUGUCCUGAUUAAACAGGUGCGUAUGUGCUGUGAGCCAAUCGGAAAGCCGUGUGCUGGUCGCCUGGUGACGGCUGCACCAAUGAUUGUAGGGAUUAGUGUUUAUGAGGAAACAGUGAAGUAUUUCAAACCGACCUGUUUGACGACGUGUAAACACCUCAGGGUUAAUAUAAAUAAAUAAUAUAAUAGACAAAGUAAACAGUCUUUAUGUGGACAGGAUCGUAAUCAGCGCGUCACGGAGACAUACGUGAAGGUGAGGAAGACACCUGUGAGGAAGGACUGAUUUGUGUGUGAGUGCUUUGGAGAUGGGAGAUCAUUGGACGCCGCAGGCAACUGUGAUGAUGACGUCAGACCCUUGUCUCGACUCAAAAGACCUGUCGAGCAUUUCCCACAUCAGUGUGUCCCACCAAACGCACAUAUACACACUCCCCUCCACACACUCCUACAGUGUGCUGAGUGCCUUCUGUACCGAGGAGAACAUCCCACAGUGUGUCCUCUACAUUAAUCAGGAAGCCAGCUCUCUGGGUCUGUGUGGUGUGUGUGUGGAGUCUAGGAGCAGCUGUACUUCUCUCAGUGCUGUACCUGCCCUAAACCUGCUGUAUGAGCUCCUUCAACUACACAGGAAACAACAGCGCACCCUACAGGAGCUUGAGCUCCGUCAGCUGAAGAGCUGCAGUGAUGUGGAGCACCUGCAACACAACAACUCUCGCCUCAAAGACCAGCUGGAACACACUCGCAGGGAAAACUCAGGUCUUCAUGAAGGAGAUCGUCAGCUGCACCUAAAGAUCAGGACACUGCAGAGCUGCUUGAAGUCUGAGAAAGAAGAAGUACAGAAGCUCCAGAGCAUCAUCGCUAGUCGUGCCACUCAGUAUAGCCACGAUGCUAAACGCAAAGAGAGAGAGUGCAUCAAACUGAAAGAACGUCUGAACCAGCUGCUCGUGGACAAGAAGGAUAAAAAACUCGCGAUCGAUGUGGUGAACUGUGUAAGUCGCUCGGAUGGGAAGAGAGGAAUGUGGAAGACCGGCAGGAUGGAGGCGAGACAUGAGGGUGAGAUGUACCGAGCUCUUCUGAGUGAUUAUGAAGUCAGACAGCAGGCUCUGAUGCAAGAGAAUUCUGAGUUGAAGAAGCUGCUGCAGCACAUUAAGAAAGACAUGAUGUCUAUUCUUAGCCCAAAGACACACUGCAGUAGGACAGAGGACAGUCUGGACCAGGUGAACUCUGAGCCUGAGGAGGAUUGUGAGGAAUACAGUAAGGAAAAUCUGGAUCAGGUGUGUGUGGACGCACGGGAACAGCUGACCAACAGCAUACGUUUGCAGUGGAGAAGACUCAAGAACCACAUGCAUGCCCUGGACACACAAGUGUCUCAAGAAGAAGUGAUAUCCAGGAGGGACCAUGAAGAGGCCAUGCAGGCCAUCAGACUAGAACUGCAGGAGUGUACAGAGUUUAUACACACACAACAGCAGCUACUCCAGCAGCUGGUCUCUCCAUGUGAUGAAGACACUGCAACUCUGUUAAAUGAUGGAUACACACUAGAGGAAAAAGAACGACUGAAGGACGAGUGGAGGAUCUUCAAUGAGCAGAAAAAGACCUUUGAAAGAGAGAGAAAAAACUUCACUGAGGCUGCAAUCCGUUUGGGGCAUGAGAGGAAGGCCUUUGAGGAGGAUCGGGCCUUGUGGCUGAAGACACAGUUUUUAAACAUGACCCCAUUUAUAGAUGGAACCUCUCACAGCCAAUCAUCUCUCAAUGCUGAAGCCAAGGUGGUGUCUACUCCAGCUCCCUCAGUCAGGAGUGUGACCCAGUCAGUUUUCUCCACCCCUAAAUCUGCCUCCGUGAGUCUGCCCACCACUGCCGAGCUUUACCGCACACUGCAGCUCUGUCCUGAUGCCAGGAGUUACAGCAGAUGCAGCAGCAGCACUGAGACCUCAUCGAGUGACGCUUCUGCUGCACACACACACUGAACCAGAAUACACACUCCAUAUAUACACACUGAACCACAACACACACUACAUACACACACACACACACUCCAUAUAUACACACUGAACCACAACACACACACUGAACCAUAACACGCACUCCAUAUACACACACAGAACCACAAUACUAAGAGUGAAUACAAUAGCUUUAAAUCUAAGUGACACUUUCUCAGAUGUUUACAUGUUUAUUGAUCUGAACUCAGUAGCUGCAGAUAUGAACGAUGCUUUUUAUCAUUUAUAUAAUAAUAAAAGAACAUUAUCGCUCUUAUUCGCUUGCUAAAGCAUUAAAGUGGAGGUGAAAUUACGGAGUAAAUAUGAGAGUAGAUCAUUUGCCAUUGUGUCGUCAAAUUCCAGGCCUAUUUUUGCAGUAGUUUUGUACAUAUGACAUUUGUAAACUUUGCAAAUGUGUGUAAUUUAUAUUAUACUUUUUUUUUUUUAAGUGAACUACACACUGCUUUAUUAAACACUGCAGUUAUAGUAUACUGUGCAGUACAGUGCUGUUUGCUUUAGGGGUACGUGUUUGAUUUAAAGUCUUUUUGUAGAUACAACAAAGAAAUAAAGGAUGAAUUUAAUUAUUAAA